CAAUUAUUGAUGCUUAACUACCUUGUUUCGCUUGGACCCUUUGAUUCUUGCAAAUUGUAUCUACUUUGCUUUCAUGAAUAGUGCCAUUUUUCUACUUAUAAAAGUAGUUUUUCAACUGCAACCUUUAUUCCUUUGUAAUUUCAUUUUUUUGCAUUUUUACCACCAGUUCAUCAUCAAGCAUGCCGUCGCUUGAUUCCGAAUCCAACUAUUGUUCUAGAAUUUUCCGAGCUUCUUUCAAGUCUCAGGUCUCUGGGAUUUGUAGUGAUGAUAAUCAAUUCGUUUUGUGUGAUAAAUUCACGAGCUGAUGCUCAUGUCCAUUUUGUGCUUCUCUAUUCGGGUGGUUUCUAUGUUUCUCUUUUUUCUGUUUGAUUGACAAAGGCGCAAUUCCGGUGAUAGGUUUUCUCAACUUGACUCUCCUUUGAUAGGCUCCAACCCCCACCAGAGUGAAAUGUGGCAAGCAAGGGAUGGAACUCAUACCGUGAGGUCUCAUGGAGUCAGAGUAGCAAAGAUACAUAUCCAUGAUUGGCUAAUACUUGUGUUGCUGGGUUUUAUUAUACUUAGUUUGAAUGUCAUCCAUCCCUUUUAUCGCUUUGUUGGGAAGGAUAUGAUGUCCGAUCUCAAAUAUCCUCAUAAGAACAACACAGUUCCUUUUUGGGCUGUAGUGCUAGCUGCAGUUCCAUUGCCGAUUUUCGUUUUCCUACUAUUCUAUCUUCGCCAAAGAGAUGUAUAUGAUCUUCAUGCUUCCAUACUAGGACUCCUGUUUUCUGACCUCAUAACGGGGGUCAUAACUGAUGCCAUAAAAAAUGCAGUUGGUCGCCCUCGGCCAGACUUCUUUUGGCGAUGCUUUCCAGAUGGACAGGAUGCAUACGAUCGAUGGGGAAAUGUAAUCUGCCAUGGUGACAAGCAUCUCAUAAUGCAUGGGCAUAAGAGUUUUCCCAGUGGGCAUACUUCAUGGGCGUUUGCUGGCUUGGGCUUCUUGUCUCUAUAUUUAUCCGGGAAGAUAAAGGUGUUUGAUCGAAGAGGCCAUGUUGCCAAACUGUGUCUGGUUGUGCUCCCUCUACUCACUGCGUCUCUGGUUGCUGUUUCUCGUGUGGAUGACUAUCGGCACCACUGGCAGGAUGUGUUCGCAGGAGGUUUGAUAGGUCUAGUAGUUGCUACUGUCUGCUAUUUGCAGUUCUUUCCACCACCAUAUCAUGUCAAUGGGUGGAUGACAUACGCGUGCUUGCGCUUGUUGGAGGAGAUGAGAGCCAAUACGAACAAUGGUCAGGUCAACGGCCAGGCUGCCGAGGUCGAAAUCCAGCCAAAUCAAAUGAACAACAAUUCUGCCAAGGCUGGUACAUCCAGCUUGCCAGAUGAAGAUAUCGAAUCUGGAAGAAGAUAGUUUCAAAGGUGGGCAGUUUAGAGUAGCUAAUGUGCAUAUGAAGUUGGGACAUAUUUUUUCUUCUUCAAGAGACAUAUCUCACUGUAGUUAAUGAUGUUGGAGCUAUUAUGAUUAGGAACAUUUUAUGUAUACCAGUAAUUGUUUCCUCUUAUA